AUGGAGCGGGUGAACACAACCAAGAGAUUGGCCCAUCUGCGGGACUUGAUGAAAGAGCAUAAGCUCGAUAUUUAUAUUGUACCAUCUGAGGAUAGUCAUCAAUCCGAAUACAUUGCUCCCUGCGAUGGUCGAAGAGAAUAUAUCUCUGGUUUUUCAGGCUCGGCAGGUUGCGCUGUGAUUACGCUCGACAAGGCCGCUUUAGCAACCGACGGCCGAUAUUUCAACCAGGCGUCGAAGCAACUCGAUGACAAUUGGACACUGCUAAAGCAGGGACUUGAGGAUGUUCCGACGUGGCAGGAGUGGACCACGGAACAAGCUGAGGGUGGAAAGAUAGUUGGUGUCGAUCCCACAGUCAUCACCGCACCGGAUGCGCGAAAACUAUCAGAAAAUCUAAAGAAGAAGGCUGGGAGCUCGCUUAUUGGUGAAAGAGAGAAUCUGGUUGACCAUGUCUGGGGCGCUGAUCGACCACCAAGGCCCAAAGAGAAGGUCAUGGUCCAACCUGAGAAGUACUCCGGAAACAAGUUCCAAUCCAAGCUUGAAGAAGUUCGCAAGGAGCUAGACAAGAAGAAGGCCGCUGGCAUCAUUAUCUCCAUGUUGGACGAGGUUGCCUGGCUGUUCAACCUAAGAGGCAGUGACAUACCCUACAACCCAGUCUUCUUCUCCUACGCUGCUGUGACCCUUACCACCGCAAGGAUCUACGUCGACUCGAACAAGCUCACCGACGAAGUCAAGGAUCACCUUGGUACCGAUGUGGAAAUACGACCAUACGACUCUCUCUUGGCGGAUCUUACGGCAAUGAGUGAAUCUGCGCCAAUUGUCGAAGAUGCUAAUGCCACGGCCUCAGCCCCCAUUUUGAAAAAGAAAUACCUGAUCUCCACUAGGGCGUCAUGGGCAUUGAGUCUAGGUCUUGGUGGUGAAGAACAAGUCGACGAGAUCCGAAGUCCUGUUGGAGACGCGAAAGCUAUUAAAAAUGCCACGGAGUUACAGGGGAUGCGAUCCUGCCAUAUUCGAGAUGGUGCGGCUCUCAGUGAAUACUUUGCUUGGCUAGAAGAGACGCUUGUGCAAAAAGCGGAAACUUUGGAUGAGGUUCAGGCCGCGGACAAGCUGGAGGCAAUACGGUCGAAACGAGAGCAUUUUGUGGGCUUGUCUUUCGAUACCAUUUCUUCCACAGGACCCAACGCAGCUGUCAUCCAUUAUAAGCCCGAAAGGGGCAACUGCUCUACAAUAGAUCCCAAGGCAAUCUAUCUUUGCGAUUCAGGAGCACAGUACCUGGAUGGUACGACAGACACGACUCGAACAUUGCAUUUUGGAAAUCCGACGGGGAUGGAGGUCAAAGCAUAUACGCUGGUGCUUAAAGGCGUGAUUGCCCUUGAUCGAGCAAUCUUUCCCAAAGGCACUACUGGAUUUGCCCUCGAUUCUUUUGCGCGACAGCAUCUUUGGAGGGAAGGGUUAGAUUACAGACAUGGAACAGGGCACGGCGUUGGAUCCUUUCUGAACGUUCACGAGGGACCGAUUGGCAUUGGCACCCGAUCGCAGUACUCUGAAGUCCAAUUGUCGGCUGGGAACGUGCUGUCAGACGAACCGGGCUACUACGAAGACGGGAAUUUUGGCAUUCGUAUAGAAAACAUGAUCAUGGCUCGAGAAACGUCAACAAAGCACAAUUUUGGAGACAAGCCAUGGCUUUCCUUUGAGCAUGUAACAAUGGUCCCGAUGUGCAGGAAGCUCAUUGAUCCUGCGCUGCUCACCUCUGAGGAGAAAACGUGGUUGAAUGACUAUCACAGGGAGGUGUGGGAGAAAAUCAGUGAGUUCUUCAAAGAUGACCAAAGAACGACGGAUUGGCUACAGCGGGAGACGAAAGAAAUUUGA